AUCGUUGACAAAAUCAAUGCAUUCUUGAUAAGAGUUCGGUGCACCGAUGGAUGUCAGGUGGAUAUAGUUGAAGAAUUAACUACUUUAUCUAACCAAUCAUGCCUUCAUUACAAGGAACGUUCACAUGCUCAUGAAUUUCAGGAAAUUUUUAAGUGUAAAUUGGGUGUUUUUCAAAUUCAGGUUCCAAGCUUCGAGCUAAAGAAAUUCAAAAAAAUAACAUAUAUCCACGAGGGAAGGUCAUGGCUGCCUAGACAAGAGUAGAAAGGUAGGGGAUAGUGGCCAAUUCAGGACAGCUUUUCCAAGGAUAAGGUAAAAAAAAAGCAGAUGAGAUCGAAGGAUAUUGUGGGGUACAUACUCAUCAAACAUGUCAGCCUGAAAAAUGUAUAAAUCGGUAAUUGCAAGACAGAGACAUUAACGUGGGAGUGAAAAGGCUCCAAAAAAAGUCAGAGAAUAGAAAUUACAAUGGCUAAUGAAGAGGUGUUGAUUGGAUCCAUUGAUCAGGGCACCACAAGCACCAGGUUUUUCAUCUAUGAUCGUAAUGCAAAAGUGGUGGCUUCUCAUCAGGUGGAAUUCGGGCAGAUCUAUCCUCAAGCUGGGUGGGUGGAGCAUGAUCCUAUGGAGAUUUUGGAGAGUGUGAGGGUAUGCAUGCAAGUAGCAUGUGAGAAGGCUAAAGCAGCUGGUAGAGAAGUAGAGAAAGGGUUGAAAGCUAUUGGAAUUACAAAUCAGAGGGAGACAACCAUUAUAUGGAGCAAGAGCACGGGACGUCCUCUUUACAAUGCGAUUGUCUGGAUGGACGCAAGGACCAGCUCUAUUUGCAGGAGGCUAGAAAAGGAGCUUGAGAAUGGCAAAAAUCAUUUUGUGGAAUCUACUGGGUUGCCAAUAAGUACAUAUUUCAGUGCUCUGAAGCUUCUUUGGUUGUUGGAAUCAGUAGAUGAUGUUAAAAGAGCAGUAAAAGACAAUGACGCAUUAUUUGGAACGGUGGAUAGUUGGUUGAUCUGGAACUUGACUGGGGGUGCUAAAACAAUAGGGAAGGAUGGAACAGAGGUUCAAGGCAGUCAUGUAACUGAUUGCUCAAAUGCGGCUCGAACCAUGUUGAUGGAUUUGAAAACCCUUGAAUGGCAUGAGCCUACCCUUGAGAUUUUGAACAUACCUCCAUCCAUUCUCCCUCGGAUUGUUAGCAAUGCUGAAGUGAUUGGGGAAAUUGUUCAGGGGUGGCCUUUUGCUGGAACCCCACUGGCUGGGUGUUUGGGAGACCAACAUGCUGCCAUGGUUGGUCAAUCUUGCAGGAUAGGUGAAGCAAAGAGCACUUAUGGCACAGGAUGCUUCAUUCUUUUGAACACAGGUGAAAAAGCCAUUGUGUCUAAAAAUGGGUUAUUGAGUACAGUGGCUUUCAAACUGGGUCCAAGUGCACCAACAAAUUAUGCCUUGGAAGGAUCUAUAGCCAUUGCAGGAGCUGCUGUACAAUGGUUGAGGGAUAGUUUGGGCAUAAUUCAGAGUGCCAGUGAAAUUGAAGAUUUGGCCAGAACAGUGGAAAAUACUGGAGGCAUCUAUUUUGUUCCUGCCUUCAAUGGUUUGUUUGCUCCAUGGUGGAGAGAUGAUGCUAGAGGAGUUUGUAUAGGAAUUACGAGAUUCACAACAAAAGCUCACAUAGCUCGAGCUGUGCUUGAAAGUAUGUGCUUUCAAGUAAAAGAAGUCUUAAAUGCUAUGAGCAUGGAUGCCAAAGAAGAAGAGAGGACAAAUGAGAAGGGAGAGUUUCUUCUAAGAGUCGAUGGGGGGGCAUCAGUUAAUAACCUUCUAAUGCAGAUUCAAGCCGAUCUAUUGGGAAGCCCUGUUGUAAGACCUGCAGAUACAGAAACUACUGCAUUAGGUGCAGCAUAUGCUGCAGGUCUGGCCACUGGUGUUUGGACUGAGGAGCAGGUCUUUUCCUCCGAAGCUAAAAAGGAAGAACCUACGGUAUUUUAUCCAACAAUUGAAGAUGAGCACCGAAAGAAACGAUAUGAGUCAUGGUGUAAGGCUGUAGAAAGGACAUUUGACCUUGCAAAUCUUUCAUUCUGAUGCAGUCCUGUGUUUAUUGCCUUUGUCUGAACAACAUAUAUUUUCAAGGAACAUUUUACAUUUAUAAAUCACUGUGCAUGUAUUCUCUAUGUUAUAAUGCAUCCCAAUAUUGCUUUCCAAAGCUUAUGAAAUUUGACCUGCCUCUCAAGUUUAUCUAAAUACUGAAUGGUGCCUCCAAGAGUGCAAAAUAAAUGUACUGGUGUUUUGAUCAA